ACCACUACGUGAAUAAUGCCAUAAACCCUACUUCCAGUUCGAUAAUUAAGUUACAAUGGAGAAGACGAUUAAGCUAUUGAUACCUCUCGUUUUCUUUUCAUGCUUUUUAUGUCAAAGCCAUGCAUACAACAAACAAACACAUGCUCUUGGUAAUCUUUACCGAACCAAGCGCUACGGUGGUUCUGCCAUUGACACUAGCGAUUUCAAGGCCCCUGAAGAUGUAGAUUGUGUUAUUCUCCCUCAAGAACGUCUUAGAGAGAAAGAUCAAAUUUCCAGAUUGCCUGGUCAACCGCCUGUCAAGUUCGAUCAGUAUGGUGGGUAUGUUACGGUGAGCGAAUCCGGGGGUCGAGCUUUUUAUUAUUACUUUGUUGAAGCUGAGAAGUCGAAAGAAUCUUUACCACUUCUCCUUUGGCUCAAUGGAGGGCCGGGUUGUUCUUCACUUGGUUAUGGAGCCAUGCAGGAGCUGGGGCCAUUCCGAGUUAACAGUGAUGGCAAAACUCUAUACAAGAAUAAAUUUGCAUGGAAUCAUGUGGCAAACGUUUUGUUUGUGGAGUCACCCGCCGGUGUAGGGUUUUCAUAUUCGAACAUAUCCUCCUAUUACAAUAAUUCAUGUGGAGAUAAACCAACUGCUGAUGAUAAUUACGUAUUCAUGUUGAAUUGGCUAGAAAGAUUUCCUGAGUACAAAGAAAGAGAUUUGUAUAUUGCGGGAGAAAGCUAUGCAGGACAUUAUGUGCCUCAGCUUGCACAUACCAUUCUACAUCACAAUAAGAGGGCCAACAAAACCCUAAUCAAUCUAAAAGGGAUCCUUAUUGGGAAUGCAGUUAUCAAUGAGGAGACGGAUAAUAUAGGGAUGUAUGAUUAUUUUCAUACACAUGCUAUAAUAUCAGAUGAAACGAGUAAUCAGAUUCAUAAAUUUUGUGAUUUCUCUCCGAAUGUAACCGAACCAACAGAUGAGUGCAAGAAAGCGAUUGAAGAUGCGGAACGUAUAUUUAAAACUGAUAUUGAUUUCUACAACAUCUAUGCCCCUUUAUGCUGGAACAACAACCUUACUUCCUGGCCCAAACGAAUGUCAGAUAUUAGUGAUCCAUGCAGUGAAAUCUACACACAUGCUUAUCUGAAUCGCGAAGAUGUGCAAGAGGCUAUGCAUGCCAAUGUCACAAAACUUGAUCAUGAUUGGCAACCAUGCAGUGAUAUCAUCUCAGAUUGGCAUGAUAGUCCUUCGACGAUAAUCCCUCUCCUCAGGGAAUUUAUGGCGAAUAACCUUCGGGUCUGGAUAUUUAGUGGUGAUAUUGAUGCACGAGUACCAGUCACCUCGACCAAGUACUCCAUUAAUUUAAUGAAUCUGCCCGUAAAGACUAAAUGGCAUCCAUGGCUAUAUCAAGGGGAGAUUGGUGGAUUUGAAGAAGUGUAUGAAGGAGAUCUAACAUUCAUCACAGUUUUUGGGGCGGGUCACAUGGUGCCUAGCUCUAAACCGAAGAAUGCACUUGCACUUGUUACACAUUUCUUGACCGGAGAACCUCUUGAUGGUUCAAGAAAUUGAUUAGGUUCAUUUAGAACUUUAUUGUUUUUUCUU